AGUGCAUUGGACUCACUAAAAUGGUUCCCAAAGUCUCUAAAAAUAGCACCACUGGAUGUGUGCUCUACUUCUAGUCGCACAUAUCCUUGGAUAAAUUUUCUUCCACUAAUACCCCUCCACCCUUCAAAGCCUCGUGCCACCGCUAGAUACUUCGGCUCUCUCUGUUUUGUCUCCCUCUCGAGCCUUGUUACUCUCUCUCUCUCUCUCUCUCUCUCUCUCUCUCAAAACACAUGCUAAGUUGCUAACAUUUAUGUAUAGUUCAGCAAACGCUUGGAAACCUUAUAGUAACACUUUUCCGUCUCUCUCUAUUUCCUCUCUAGCCUCCGUUUUUCUAACAAACACAUACACAUAUGUAUAGUUCGGUACAGAGCUAGAGAGAGAGCAGCCAAGAACGAGCAUUUGGAGAUCUGUUCUUGCGUUGGAUUCAGAUCAAUAUAAGAUCUGAAUGUGUGUUCUCUCUCUCUAGAAAGUUCAGAUCGAACACGAAUGGGAAGCAAAUGGAGGAAGGCGAAGCUAGCUCUAGGGCUCAACACGUGCCUUCACGUUCCCAGCACUCUAGAGGGCUCGCCGGCGUCCGCCGAUGCCGGUUUUCUGCCUCCAUCGACUCGAGGCUCUGAUUGUCGACCCGAAAUGCCAAAUACGCCGACGCCGUCCUCGUCUGGUCUCCGGUUGUCGAAAUACAGCGUCAAAUCAUCGCAGAGGACUUGUGCAAUAUGCCUGACCACCAUGAAAUCAGGCCAGGGCAAUGCUAUUUUCACUGCAGAAUGCUCCCACUCAUUCCACUUCCAUUGCAUUACCUCUAAUGUAAAACAUGGAAACAAAAUUUGCCCCAUUUGCAGGGCAAAAUGGAAGGAAAUCCCCUUCCAGAGUCCUUGUUCUGAUCUCUCUCAUGGAAGGGCAAGAAUAAACCCAGUAGCAUGGCCCCAAGAUGAUUCUGGGAUGACUAUUUUACGACGGCUCCCUUCCCCUCGUGCAGAUGCCAAUCAGUAUGUUUCAUUAUUUCAUGCCCCUGAGCCAAGUGUUUUCGAUGAUGAUGAACCUGUGGAAAAUCACCCUGAGAUCUCUGAAAAAUGCUCAUCCCCUAAAAAUGUUAUUAAUGACCAUUCUACUGGAGCAAUAGAGGUCAAAACAUACCCAGAAGUUUCUGCUGUUUCAAGGUCGAUAUCUCAUCAUAAUUUCACUGUUUUAAUCCAUCUCAAAGCUCCUCUUACAAGCAGUAGACAGAAUUCUGGAAUAAACCAGAACUUUCCAUCAUCAUCUCAAAAUUCUCGUGCUCCGGUUGACCUUGUCGCGGUGCUUGAUAUCAGUGGCAGCAUGAUUGGUACUAAGCUUGCUUUGCUGAAACGAGCCAUGGGAUUUGUUAUACAGAACCUUGGCCCUUCUGACAGGCUUUCAGUCAUUUCCUUCUCCUCUACAGCUCGUCGUCUCUUUCCCCUUCGGCGAAUGUCUGAUACUGGAAGGCAGGAAGCAUUGCAGGCCGUUAAUGACCUGAUCUCAAAUGGUGGGACUAACAUUUCUGAGGGCCUAAGGAAGGGUGCUAAAGUGAUGGUAGACCGCAGAUGGAAGAACCCAGUUAGCAGUAUCAUACUGUUAUCCGAUGGGCAGGAUACAUACACUAUCGGUAGUCAUGGUGGGACCCAUUCGCAUAAUGAUUACCGCCCAUUGUCCAUUCAACGCAAUGGUGGUGCGGGCCUCCAAAUUCCAGUACAUGCAUUUGGGUUUGGUGCGGACCAUGAUGCUGCUUCAAUGCACUCAAUAUCUGAAACUUCUGGGGGAACAUUUUCUUUUAUAGAGGCUGAGAAUGUUAUUCAGGAUGCAUUUGCACAGUGUAUUGGAGGGCUAUUAAGUGUCGUAGUGCAGGAAAUGCAGGUGAAAGUUGAAUGUGUCCACCCAAAGCUGCAGCUUGGUUCAAUAAAAGCAGGAAGUUACAAAACCAGUGUCCUGUCUGAUGCAAGAAUGGGCUUUAUCCAUGUUGGAGAUUUGUAUGCUGAGGAAGAGAGAGAUUUUUUGGUGACCAUUGACAUUCCAGUUGACGGGUCCAGUAAUGAGAUGUUGUUGCUAAAGGUGAGAUGUGUUUACAGAAACCCCAUCACAAAAGAAUUGGUGACCUCGGAAGAAACCAAUGAAGUAAAAGUUCAAAGGCCUGAAAUAAUUGGACAGCCAUCAGUGUCAAUGGAAGUGGACAGACAGCGAAACAGAGUUCGAGCAGCAGAGGCAAUGGCGGAAGCAAGAGCUGCUGCUGAACAGGGUGAUCUAGCUGGUGCAGUGUCUGUUCUCGAGUUCUGUCAUAAAGUAUUGUCAGAAACCGUAUCAGCGCAAGUUGGAGACAAGUUGUGUGUUGCAUUAGGUGCUGAAUUAAGGGAAAUGCAAGAGAGGAUGGCAAACCGCCGUGUUUACGAGUCAUCUGGAAGGGCUUAUGUUCUGUCAGGAUUGAGCUCACACUCAUGGCAGAGAGCGACUGCACGAGGUGAUUCCUUGGAUAGUACCAGCCUCUUGCAAGCUUACCAGACCCCCUCAAUGGUCGACAUGGUUACCCGAUCUCAGACAAUGGUCUUUGGCAGUCCAUCACCUCAACCAUCGGCCAGGCCAGCUCGAUGAUUUCCAACAGCUCUGCAGCAACAAGGUUAUUAUUAGGAUUAUCUUGAAAAUAUCUUCAAAGUUUCCAUCUCAGUGCCUCAUUUUUCCUGGUAACAUUUUGUUGUCUUUUUGUGGUGUUACGCGAAAGGAGUGGUGACAAGAGAUGGAGGUAAAAGAGGAUUGGGUGUUUUUUCUUUUUUUUCUUUUUUGGAAGUUGGUUAUAUUCCCUUGUCUUGCAAUGUACAUGAAUAAGAAACUGGAAAAAUGGUGGGGGGUAGGGUUUACGAGUUUAAUUCUGUGGUAUUUUGUAUAAAAGAGAAAUGGCGUUUUUUCUCUUUCACAGUGGAUGGGGGUAUAGCGAUGCAAUUGUAAUGGUGAAGAUAUUGGGGGGAAAUUUUUAAUUGAAAUAUGAUUUCUUUUUAGUCCCUUUCUGCUA